CAAAUUCUGAACCACGGAUGGGCAGGCAGUGAUUUAUGAUUUUGAUAAGAAAGACAGAAAAAUAGUAUUAGAAAUGUGUAUAGUGUACGAUUUUCUAGGGCAGUGUACUAGUAUAAAAUGUGAAAAGUGUCAGUAUAGUAAUUAAAUCACCAUCAUGGAUAACUUUACCGGGUCUAUGGACGAUCCGGUGGCGCAAAGAUGGAAUUCUUCGUCGAUAGACUUCGCAGAAAUAACAAUGGACAGAAACUUCGCCCUGCUGCUUGUGUCGCUUAUAUCUGCGAUACUAUGGAUCGUUUAUAUAACGUACUACAACAGCCGAGUGCUGGGCUACAUCCUGACCAGGCUCAUCAACAAGUUCUAUUUCCAAGACGACAAUUUCAAAAUAGGUUCCUUCACCCUAAAUGCUCUGUCCGGUAAGAUAAUGUUCAGAGACAUAGUUUACAUAAACUAUGACUACACAUUGCGAAUACAAGAUGGCUACUUGAUAUUCCGAUGGUGGCGGUCCUACGUACCCAAGGAUGUAUCAGAAGACUUGUCACACUCCGACACUCGGCUGUCAAUCAUGCUAAACGGAUUCGAGCUACACUUCUAUAAUCGCUGCGACCUUUACAAUGAACUCGAGAAACUGUUCGGUCUCGAGCCAGUUAUAAAACAACAGAACGAUGACGAUUACACAGACCGAGACAAAGCUAUGAACGAUGCUAAUGAGAAGCGACGCCGGGCGCAGGAGACGGUUCGCUCCGAAGCUGCCAUGGCUCGCACCUGGCGAGACCUUAUCCCUGUCAUCAAAAUAGAUAUCUGUUCAGGAAGAGUGGUUUUCGGAAAUAGAUUAGUCCCCACGACAUUAUCGAUAAGCGUAGAAGAAUCCCACUUAGUGUACAGUACAAAGCCGCCUGCCUCUAGCCUCGACCACCUCAUGCACUUUGUUAAAGCUAAAGCAGAAAACUGCAAAGUGAUGCUCGCACCCAGUCCUAACUACACUUCAAUGGUCGAUGAACCGCCUCGGUACAUGGGAGAAGGGUUCGUAGUCAUGAGCUCCAAUUAUAUCGAAGUAUACUUCUAUAUGGACGAACCAGGUCUAGUGCCUGAACAACCAGUACUUCUGCAGUUAGCAAAUGGAGAUAUUGUAGAGUCAGCGCCGCCAAUAUGGGGCGUCGAUAUCAAAUGCGGUAAAGGUACAGACUUCAGCUAUGGCCCCUGGGCCGACCGACAAAGAGACCAUCUGUUUAAAUUCUUCUUCCCACCGAACUACAAAAACUUAGAGGUAACCCCACAGCCAAAGCCUGGUGAUAUUAGACAAACGCAAUCGUUUGACAUAAGACUGUCUACUUUAAAUGAAGCCACUAUUGAUAUUUUGUUCACAAAAAAUAAGGAAACCAAUGCGGUGCAUAUAAACAUUGGUGCGGGUUCAUACCUUGAAGUAACGCUCCCCUGGAUCGUAUUACAAGACGGGUACACGACAAAAAUUACCGGCCAGCUGUUACAUUUAGAAGCGACGACGAGUCUGCAGUACAGAAGUUUAGCCGAAAGUGAAACUUUAGAGUACACAGUCAAGUGCCACUAUCCACUUGUAUGGAAUCACCACCAGUGCUGGCAAUUAAGUCUAACUGGCUGUAAAGCUACUACUCAUCUGGUCUACACACACAUAGAUUUCUUCCAAGACCUAAUAAACGAUUGGUCGACAAAAGCUCGUCCCGACAUUUUACAUUUCGUACCUUACACUUGGAAAAUAUCCUUACUGCUCAAAGAGUGUGAGGUAGUGACAGUGAGCAACCAAUACAACUGGAUAGACUGUAGUUCUACAAAUCAGGAAAAUAAUCACGUCGCGUUCUGCGGAGAUCUCCUCGACGUCUCCUUUGAUUUGCCUUUCGUCGAUUUCUUGCCAGAUGUCAUACCGCUGAAGAUCUGGGUGCAAGGCGAGGCUGUCGAUAUGAGUCUCUAUCUGCCAGAAGUAAACACGUCGAAGUUGCUACUUCUAUCUCUCGAUAAAAAUAUGAAGUUGGUUCCCUGUAGAUUAAAGGCGUCCAAAUGGAGAAGAAAAUGCGUUAAAUCGCAAGGCUGGGUGGAUUGUUGGUCAGUUCCUAUUGUCGCUCUGAGUGUUAGAUAUAAUUAUCACCCCAUUCCUCCAUUAGGCCCUGAGCCUCAGGCCGACAUAACAACGCCAGAAAAAGAAGAAAUAUUAUUAUCGCCCAUGAGAAUACCAAGGAUGAGAAAACAGCCUCAAAUUAACUGGGCUUUAGACGGAAACAAUUUCGAUAGAACGACACUACCCCCUGAUAAAGUAAGUGUAGAGCUAGAAGUGGGACCUUCUAUCCUUCUGGCCUAUGGAACUAUUAUUACUAGCUUUAUGAAUUUACUAGAAAAUAUAUUUGGCGAAGACCAAACAUUCACCGAUAUGCAGAAAUCUCCUAACGCGGAAAAUUUUUACUGGUCUAGUGAAAAUGCAAAGGUUAAUGACAAAAGUAGUGUCAAUCAACAUAAUGAAAUAUCGAUAGAUGAUUCCACUGACUCAAGUAAAGGUCCCUUUGACCCACGACACUACAGACCCUUGGACGUAACGGUAUCUAUUAUAAUCCAUGACAUUCAAGCGCAUUUAGUUAAAAAUUGCAGCGAAAAUGAGCCUCCGUGUCCUGUCAUUCUGAUAGAACGAUUUGGAUUUGAAAUGGACAAAAGCUUUAGGGAGACCAAGCUACAAUUACUACUAAGUCCUUCCAUAUUAGUGUCGGCCAAUAACUUGUCGCGAUCCAAUCCUAUGAACUCAGGGGCCUUGUAUCAAGGUCACUUGAUGCUCUCAUCCUUCCAGCUACGAGGGAACGGUUUCUUCAGUGAUACGAAUAGGAACGUCGAGGAAGAUACUGUUGAGUAUGCUUGGAUGAUGGAACUUCAGCUCGGUCAGCUAACAGGGCGUCUAACGUUGCCCCAACUGUAUCAAAUCAUAUCUUCCUUAGAAACGUUUCUACUACUCAUUUGUGAUAGCGAAAAUGAAUUAGUUCCGCCUAACCCUGCUAAACAAUGCCACCACGGACUGAAUAACGUGAUGUGUCAGGAAACAGACCUCACUUUGAAAUACAGAUGCCCAACGGCAAAUGAAAUCAAAUACAAGAUGAUACGAGUCGCGAUCGAUCUCAUUGACAUUUAUAUCGCAGAUUCUAACACCACACUACAGUCGUGGAUAUCGCCUGUCAGACUCAGCUUUUGUAAUUUACACGGCUCGGGUUUCGGCACUGGUGUUACUGGUUUACUGCCAAAUAUAAAAUUAGCUCUCUACACGCAAACUAACAUGCAAACAAAUACUCAUCAUCAUUCUAACGGAAGCAACAAUAGCCAAAAUAAACCGCCUGAAAGUGACAAUUGGGUUGGAGUUGGCUCGGUUGCUUUAGGCCCUCUGUUGAUCGAAGCUGCCUCGUCCCUGCCACAGACACCGAAAAAUCUUCACUUAGUUCAACAGAAGUUCUUGAAAUUGCACGAUGACAAAACAAAAAGGCUUUGGUUCCUGUGGCCUGUUGAAGGAAAGAGUUCGCAGUGUGGUUGUACAGGUGGCUGUGCGUUCUUUGGUUCCAAUAGGAAUGGGCCUAACUUCUUAAAGCCAAAUCCAAAUGACCUUAACGACGGUAUCAACGUGGCUAUGUUUAAUAUAAUAGAAACGACACCGGGAGAAUACGGGUACGGCCAGAGUUUAUUGCACUCGGGUCAGCUCGUGUUCCAUACCCCACCAUAUAACAGUUUGAACGUCUGCCUGCAGCCAACCAAUGUGGCAACAUUAAUACCAUCGCCACUGCCACAGAGCCUGAACAAGUCUCCUCAAAGUGCGGAACGUCGAAGCCUUACCAGAAGAUUCUCAUAUACAAGUAUGAGCAAAGGAAGUAACAACCUUUUGGUUUCCAGCACUAAAAGCGAUGUGCCUUACGCUCGCUUAGUAGAUUCGUCCAUACCUCUGGGCAGCACCAAGAUUGACAGCGAUUCAAAACUCAAUAAGAGUAUAUUAAAUGUACCUCAAAUGGAGAGUAGUGUUUCUGAUUCCAAGUUGGCGCUCAGCUGUGGGGUGAAAGACUCGAAAAAGCCUGUUCCAACAGAAGCUGAAACGUUUUCUGUACCAAAGGUACCAAUGAGACACGUAGCAGUGUCAGAGUCACACUAUUCUUUGAAUUCACAAGUACCACCUGAAGAUACCCUUCCCCAAGAAGUGCAAAGGACUAUGUCUAUAACAAGCGAGAAUCAUUCCGAAGCUUUCUUUUCCGCUGACGAGGACAUGUUCCCAAGCCGAUCCUCAAGUUUGAAGCAUUCAUUUGGCAGUCGCCACAGUAAUCCCAGAGACAAAAGUUCGUUCGGCAUCAACGACAUAACUAAUGAAAAGUGGUCGGCGCCUAAAUCGGAGCCAGUAGACAUUCCAGAUACUAUAAGUAAUUUGAGCACAGGCGUGCAACCAGAUUCUGAAAGUGGCUCUGUAUCGUCAACGUCUUUUAUUUCCGCGAUCUCUUCACAGGAAGAUAUGACGCUUGUAAAUCUACACAUGCAGACAAACAAGCCCAUUGUGGACUCCCCUCUUCUAAUGGCCAGUUACAUGCACAAUUUGCCUCAAUACAAAUGUUCCAACUGGGGUACGUGCUCCUUGCCUAGUGGAAGCGACGUGUUCACCUUGCCGUUGUUUAAAAGAGCUGAUGACGGUACUUUAGUUUACGUCGGGCAAAAAUAUCUGCCUAGUUUUGAACCACUUGGAAAAAUUAACAUCCUCAGAUUGAUAUCAAAGAAAGAUCAUAACAAUCAAAAUCAACAUGGGCCUUACUCUAACCUGCCUCCACAUUUUAAUUCGCAAGUGAAAGCACAUCCUUACCCACAAGGAUGGUGGGACGUGCAACAAACUAUGCAAGACAGCCAAGAGAACACAACGGAGAAGAGCUCCGCAUCAACUAUAACGACCACAAGCGACUCCAAGAGUGGAUUGUUUGUAAAACUUCGAGGUGAAAUUGAUAUCAUGUUGACACCCCUAGUUUUGGAAAGUACGCAAAAAUUCGUCGAGUCUCUCACACCAGUGUUAGCGAAUAUACAUCCCAUAACUGUGAUAAAUCACUUGCGUCUUCUUUGUAUAUCGACUGUAUCCAGUGCUAACGUGCUAAAACAAAAGCAGUAUGUUCAGAACUGGUUGCCGCAGAUGCAAGACCGAAGCCAGUCAAACCUGGUGUCAGAUAAGGACGACAAGUGUAAACUAGCCACUAUACCCCAUUCCAACGUGUAUGAAGAGACCAUUUGUGAGUCGUUACAAGCGACGGUGACCGUUCCAAAGGUAAACAUGAUUUUCAUACAGUCUUCUGUAGUGGAGGACAUGAUAUCGUUCUCAGCUUUGGACAACAUACAAGACUUGACCUGCGUAUCAUUGUUCGGAGUAUCUAUCGAAAACAUAAUCGCGAAAUACGUCAGCACGAGGAAAAAUCUGGAGUCUGUGCAGUUGUACUACAGACCAACUCUAAGGGCUUUGGGAAGUAAAAAGUCUUUUGGAAUAAUGAAGGGUCCACGUGCGUUGAUAUCUGCACAGACUUCAGGGAAGAGACGAGGGCCGGAGAGAGGCGAGCCGGUUUACAUUGAAGCUUCGCAGCAACAGUGCGAAGAUACCACGAUAACUUUGAAUGUUGGUAAAGUUCAUGGUCAACUUCGUCGCAUACGCAACGAAUCGUCGCAACUAAAGGACGUAACGAUCACGGGUAUACCGUGCCAACAUUCCAAAGUGUCCUUCAAAUUCAUUCGCGUCGAUUCUUGUGCUAAAGGAUGCGAGUCAAUGUGUUGCCAAAAUGGAACUGCAACUGAGGGUCCGAAGGAUAAUCCUAUAGGUUUCAUCAUGUUUGAAUGUGGUCUUGAAGGUAUCUCUAUAAAAGUGUCGAAACACUCACAAUCACACAAGCCACAGGCACAAGCUGAGGAGAAGAAACCUCUGAGACCAGAUAAUGAGAGCUGUCGAGAAUCUGUUAAGUCUGCUGAAGAGUCGAAACCUGAUAAAGACAAGAGUACUAAAAGCAGGACCUCGGGGAUUGAAGACUUGUUUAGAAAGAGGGAUUCCAGCUCUAAGCCUAGUACUCCGAACCUUGGAACAGCUCAGCCGCCUCCAGUUCCUCCUCCUCCUGAACCUUCAACUCCGGGACCUGAUGAGCCUUCGAACAACGAUAGUACAGCUACUGUGGUGCCUCUCAAAGACAAUGGGAAUACUUCGUCUUGUGCUAUCGACUUGAAGGUGGUUUGGUUCAACUUCGCCGCGCCACCGCGGACACCUAUCACGAAGAAGAUUGACUAUACAAGGCUGGACUGGAACCUGUUAAGCACAGCGUCUCCGGCAAUCAAUGCAUGGAUGAACCCAUGCAACCGUUUGGGUAUCCGCGUAGUAGCACUGUACCGCGCCUACGCCAGGCGUCUCACCGCAACUGCUGCCAGUCUUAUGGCUGCAGCACUGGACCUCGCUCCUCACCAUACACUGCCCAAGAGUCGGUACGGGCGCCACACGCCGAUGGCGAAGCAGUUACGCGAAGAGCCGUCGCUGCAGCUGUGCGCCGUCCUGCUGCGGUACGCGCUGCAAGCUGACGCCGCCGCCGUGCAGGCGGACCUCGCCGAGAGACAUCUGCCCUCAUUGUCUACUUUGAGACAGGGUGUGAUUGUGCUGAGUCGGCAAUGGAAGAACAUCCUGUAUACGCCGUUGUUACUGGAACAUAACUAUAAGAGCAAAGUGAUGAAGCCACUUAAUGUUACCUUCGCUUUACCUGAUCUACUAGAGGAUUCAGUAGAAGGUUGGCAAGAGUAUCCUCUGGAGACAGAGGCAUUGGAUGAGAACUGUCUCCUUCUCAACAUGGACGUCGAUAAAGUCAACGUACCUGUGCGGGGAGCCCAAAGCAGUCGAGCGAGCCUCGUGUUCCCCUCGCUGCCAUUCUCCACGAGGAAACCAGUCUUCAAUGACGACGCCAUCGCUAUUGAUUACGGAACAUUGAAAGAAGACCUACCAACAGUAGGGUCUAACCCAUCGCUGUACUCUCCGCACGGAAGCGAUGAAAACAUCAAGAAUGAUCGCGCCAGGGAAGACUUAUACCAAUGGAUGGCCAAACAGGAACCCAUAAAAGUGGAACCAAAAAGCAAGAAGCCAAUAAUUCCUCCUUCGAAGAUGAACCCCCGCGCGGUGGCGGCGGCGAUGCCUGCAUGCAGCCUGUACCCGCUGCAGGGCUCGCUCAUGUUGCUGGACGCGCACCUCGUCUUCCAGCCCUUCCUCGCCGCGCUCGGGGUCUCGCCGCACCAAGUCACUCAGGGAGAAUCAAAGAACAAGAGUGGUUCGGGUGAGGGCGUGAACUCAGGUCCUCCCGCGUUGGACUCACUAGGGUCCAAACUAUCUCUAGUGGCUUGGAUGGACAUGUUCCGUAUCGACAUCGUCGUCAGCGACCUCGCCACCCGGGACCGGCGACACACUGGAAAGGGAAAGAGUCCACAAAGCCACGGUGCAAUUCCAUCAGAGACUCCAGCCUUUCUAUGUGAGAAGGUGUCUAUCGACGUGGACCUGAAAAAGGUGGCCGACGUUGCAGUAGACGACCUCAUCCAGCGACAGAACGUGCUGUAUAUAUCCAGAGGACAGCUCAAGAAGCACAUUAGUACUAUGCUCAACUUCAACAUCAGCAUACGGUUUAUAUCGCAACAGGUGAACAUGCCCCUCCUCCGCCUGCUGCAUCAGAUCAGCAACAUGUACCAGAACGUGAAGGACACGCAGAUAGAACUGCGCACGCAGACCAAGAUAUCGCAUCGGCAGAAUAAACACACCUCUUCUUCUGUAUCAGACUUCAGAGAGAACCUAGUAAGCGUAUCCUCCUUGGAGAAAGAAGUUCAAUACGCCACUUUAGAACCUAAAUGGGACUUGAUGGCCCCCACCCUGACUCCCGAGCUGGCUGCAGCCGUGCCCCAAUCCCUGAGCCAACAGAAGCUGGCCCAGCCCACUAGGCCACGACCGCAGUCCUUUGCGCAAAAACUUAGAUCUACUGGCAAGAGUGUUAAAGGAAAGCUAGGCUACAGUUCACUGAACGAAGGCGCCCACACGCCGAUGUACGCCGCGACACGUAGCUCGCUGGGUGCGAGCAGCCCGGGCCCCGGGACGGGACCCAGCGUGGGCCCCAGCCCGGGCGGGGGCCCGCCCCCCGAGCUGAGCUCCCCGUCGGCUGACGCGGCCGACGGCAAGCUGGCCCCGCGCUGCUGGAGAACUGUCUACCUACUGCUGGACCUCUACGCUAACAUGCCUGAUGCAGAGACUAUUACGCACAGGUUCUCAGUGACGACGGACCUCCCGGAGCAGUACCGGCACAGCCGCCCGCAGCGGCCCAGCUCGCGGGAGCAGAACACCAGCAACUCCUCCUCCAGCGCCGCCAACAUGGGCAUGGUCGUCGUUGGAGUCGCCAGGAUACAUCGCACUCGUCUUCUCGCAUCUCUAUCUGGUCUAAAACUAGAAGCGGAGAUAACGUCUCUCCAGGCUUCUUUAUCAGCGUCACGGUCACGUCAGUGGUCACUCACUGGUAACCUGGGAAGGACCAUGAUUGUACUGCUUGAAGGAGUUGCGCCAAAUCAUCAGACUGUUGUCCGUGUGAGUGUGGGCAAGUCUCAGGCGUUAUACGGAUGGGAGGCAGGUAGGCCUGGUGCCACCGCCCUGCUGAGUGUGGGCGGGGUCAGGGUGGACCUGCCACAGCACCCUGUGGCACUCCAUGGGGUCAUGACACGGUCCAGCAGGCAACUCUCCUCCACGCUACAGGAACUAGGUGUGACCCGUACAUCGUCUCGCCUGUCCCGCACGGGUCCCAGUGGUCCAUCAUCAGGUCCCACAGGUACGAGUGGUGGUGCCGGUGGGUCGGGUUCAUCAUCCGAAGGGUCCCCCGCCCCCGCGCCCCGCCCGCCUCGUGUACCCAGGCCGCCGCCUGCGCAUCCCUUGCUAAAUCCAUUGCAUCUACACUUCUCUAUCGUUUUGCAAAGCCUGAGCGUGACGGCGGCGCUGCUGCCGUCGCUGCAGGCGCAGUACAAGAUGGAGCAGGUGCAGAGCUCGGGCGUCACGGGGAACAAGGCGCAGUUCACCGUCGACCUGCAGCAACACUCGCUCAGCUUCGUCACCAAGCUGCAGAUGGCGGAGGCGGGCGCGGCGCAGCUGCCUGCGGAGGCGGCGGUGUGGCUGCCGGGCGUGCACGUGGCGGGGCGCGUGCUGGAGCAGCGCGGUGCGGCGCGACGCGGCGGGGCCGUGCUGCGCGCGGGCCGGUACGUCGCCGCCUCCGCAGACAUCGGCCUCUUCGAGCACACGCUCUCCACCGACCUGCUCAAUCACCUCGUCUUCGUGCAGAAGGUCUUCAUGAAGGAAGUGAAUGAAGUAGUUCAAAAAGUAUACGGCGGUGAAAAGCCAGUGCCUCUAUGGAACGAAGAAGAAGCGUCUACAUCAGCUCUAAGCAGGAUUCUAUUCUCACUGACUAUCAGAAUAAAGCGUAUACAACUGACAGCGACGACUCCUAGUAACUCGGCGGUGCGGCUAGAAACAGGCGCAGUAGAGUUCGAGAUAUCGAACCGCGUACAGAACGUCCAACAACCCACUGAGCCACACGAAGUCAGGCUAUUCGCCAGAGCACAGGUCGACGUCAACCUUAGCUUAGGACAGUUAAUCAGAAACGCGAUGUUCGAAGAAGCAGAGCCAGAAUUCCAACAGUACGCUUUCUUCAAUACAAGGAUAUCCAUGCGCAACGCUUUCCAAGAUGAGAUGGUGUGCGGUGAUGAUAAGGAAGUAGUUCUGAUCAACUUGAAACGACCUCUGAUAUACAUACAGCCGGUAGCUGUAGAUAAAGCUAUACUCGUCUGGCUUAAUUAUAAGAAUGCCUAUGAGUACUGGAAUGAGAAGAGACUGAAUCUGAAUAAAGAAGUACUGACAGCUACGCAACAAGUUUUUGAGAAGGUACAACUUACAUCCCAGAUUACUACGCCGCAUCUGAGUACAUUGUUCUUGCAGCUCAAUGUAGACGAUAUCGGAAUAUGUUUGCCGCUAAAUCAACCGCCUAUGGCCCGCUGGGGGUUAGGGCGCGGUGCUUGGGGCGCGUGGUGUGGAGAAGGUGAGGCCCGCGGCGCCGUCGUGGUCACCCUGGAGUCUACACACAUCGGGGCCUGCUCCUCCGGGGCUCUGGUCUCUAAAGGCCGCUUCGUAGGCCUCUGCCUACGCUUCGCAGACGACUUUGAAGCUUCUCUGGAUGAUUGGAAACCUCGUGCGGAUGAACCAAGCCUCAACGUCUGCUGUGUCUCCGAAGGAACUUACGAAGUCUGCAGCAGAACUACCGCUGCUAAGCAUAACGAGAAUGCCAAAUGGUUCCUAAACGUGUCUUGGCAAAUGGAGGGCGUGGACAUACACCUGGACGUGAACGUUGGGAAGCAGUUGUCUGCUUUGGGACACACGCUCACCAUGCUAACAGGCUAUGAAGAGGAAGAUCCCCUCAAAAUGGAUUACGAAAGUGAUCUAGACGAUGAGGCUGAUAAUAGUAAAGACUCUCAGGAGAGCAUCAUCCUCCGUCGUAAGUACACAGACCACCUUCCAGCAUUCGUCUUUGAUACCAGUAUCGAUGCUAAAAAGAGGUCCAAACUCAUUGAGAAGGAGAUGAAUGAACAAGCCAAGAUCAUCAACGACCUUCGCACUUUGGGCGCCAGCCAUACAACCAUUGAAUAUGAAAUGAAGAGGCUGCAUGACUUAGAGGCGCUCGUGUUUAAGGACUUUAGACGGGAUAUGAUUCAGAAGCUGCGCCGUCAGAGCGUUCGGGCUAGUUCUAUUACAAAGGGUAAACUGGGACUAGGUUCCAACAGGAGCAAGUCUUUCGUAGUACCAUCGCCACCACAGGAGAGAAAGGACUUUGAGAGUGCUAUCGAACCGAACCUGACCAUGUCUCCGGGUGUGGGUGACUCUGGAGAGACGCUACUCCUGGGAGACGAGGACAACAGGCUCGCUGAUAUAAUUGAGGGGGGAAGCUGGAGUUCCAUGGAGAGCGAGCCGCUUACUGGUCCGUCCCGGUCAGCGUCGCUGCGCGGUCCGCGGCUGGGCGCGGGCAGUGCGCGUGCGCUGGCGACGCCUGGCGUGCAGCGACAGAGCUCGUUGCCCGCGCACCCCGACCACUGGCCCGACGAACUCGACGGGGUCGAGCUGAGGAGGAAGCCCGACAUAAACGUCCAGCAAUCGGAAGGCCUCAGCUCGGAAGGCAAGGCGAAUAAGGCGAAGACUGCGGAACCAAACAUAGACUUCGAGUUGGACGUGAAGGUGUACAUCAAUAGUGGGAAGUGCGUGCUACAUACCAAGGAGCCCAGCAAGGAGGAUGAUAGUAUUAAGAUUGGUCGCAUGCGUGUGGGGCGGUCAGCGUCGGGCGGGCUGGCGGAGGGCGCGGCGCCGGGGGCCGGCAGCGGCGCCGGGGGCAGCUCCCCGCCCGGGGCACGACGCAAGCCUGCGCAUGCGCGCCACCUGCCCGUGCUCGACCUCACCGUGUUCCGCGUGCCCGGCCUCGACCUCAAGGUCCACUACGAAUCCAAAACUCUACCAGAAGAAUCGACAUCCCCCCAAACGGUUCCUUCUCUCCCCCCUCUAAACGUGGGACCUCGUAAGGUGGGCAUCAAGAAGGCGGCCCUCUUCGCCUGGAUUACAGUGCAGAGUAUCCCUGAGGAGACCAUCAUCAGUCCUCAUAUAUUGGAGUUCUUGGAGCAAACCUUGGAACCUAUACCUACUAAGGCUUCAUUCUCUACACCUACACCUGAAGCGGAGAGCGGGUCCCGUUCCCGUUCUGCGGAGGGCGCGUCGUACGGUCAGUACGUGUACGCGUCGUUCCCGGUGGACGUGAUCGUGCACUUCCACAUGCAGCCGAGCACGUUCCGCUUCAGCUGCCUGCCCGCCUCGCGCGUCGAGUGCAUGCUGCAGCUGCCCACGCUGCAGAUCGUCUUCAGCUCCAAGCGCGCCAGCGACGAGGAAAUGUCAGAACCAGCAGUAGCGAUGGGCGGGUUGAGCGUGACAGGGUGCCUCGCAGAUUUCUCAGUCAACAUGUUCCAUCCGUAUGGAGGGAAGAAGUCUAGCUUAAAAGAGGCACAAUGGUCUCCCCUCUCUGACACAGAGCGGAAGGACUCCCUCAGCAUCAACGUCGAGUUUGUGAAGUUCCACCUCUCCAGGUCCAGGAAACUUGACUUCCAAACUGAUCAGGAUCAGUCUAAAGCUACUGUCAGAUUCUCAACGAUCGUGGAUGUUGGUUCGGCGUCGUUCAAGUAUGAUAUGCGUCGGCUAGGAGAAAUCUUGGCCUUCCCGAAGGCCUGGUACAGGCGUACCAUAGUAAGGCGUAUGUUCCUCGGCGACCUUAGUCUACACGACACUAGGGAUCAUGGUAGGCCAUCAAGCAGUAACGCUCCCGUAUCUCCUGUUCUACCUCAGAGAGAGAAAACUAAGACUGUUGAUCACCAGAAACCCAAAGCCGGCACAGAGAGCACUAAGUCGGGUGUACAGGGGGCGGCGUCAGUGGGCGCGGCGUGGGAGACCCUCGUACUGUUCGCUGUUAACUUUACAAAACUUAACGUCCACAUGAACAUGGGGAACGUUAUGGGGAAUGUCAGUUGGCAGAGCCGUGACUUCAACUGCACGGGCCGGCUGAGUAUCGGCAGCACGGGGCACCGCAACAUGCUGGUCGGCGUCGCGCUCGCCGGCUCCGAGCUCGACGCGCGCGGCGGCAUCGUCGGCGGGGCCAUCUGUCUCUCUUCUAUUGAUACUUAUGUGCACAUCGAGGAGGAGGCGGGCUGCAACCCCGGGCACGUGUGCGGCGUCCGCCUCGCCGCGCUCGAGCUGCGCCUCGAGUACAUGGGCACGCCCGUCCUGCUCGCGCGCGUCUCCGCCCUGCGCGCCCGCGCCACCGACGAGUGGCUGGCGCGCGCCCGCGCCCCGCGCCCGCGGCCCCACCCGCCCACCUCCAGGCCGGCAAUUAUCCUGACUCAUGGGAAGCUGAGUUGGCAUCAACUACAAAUCCUUAUGUCUCGAAGUACGACGCCAGAUCUCCUGAAGAUGCAGCUGAAACUUGAAGAGUUCUUCACGCAGCAGUUCAAGUCUAGCAAACGAGUAUUCAGCUCUCUACAUCCGAAUUAUACAAAUGCGAGACGUGACAGGCGUGAACCAGCGGCGCAGGCAGCGAGCGGCGGCGCGGGCGAGGCGGCGGGGGCCCAGUCGGAGCUCCGCCACCACCGGCACUGGCAGAAGGUGCUGCUUCUCGUCUCCGGGAUGCAACUCUCCACGCUCUCCACGCCGCUACCUGCUAAUGGCACAGUACUUGGCGGCACGAUGGAGCUGCACGGUACCAACAUCUCGCUGGCCUGCUUCCACGGGAACAGCUUCAAGGCUAAAUCCUGGGCGCUGUUCAGCUUAAAGGACCCCAGCAUCAGCUUCGCGACUGAAGCUCAGCAAGUCGCCAGUGAGGAUGGCCCGCUGGAGGUGCACGUGGUGCAGAGCCUGACGGCGAGCCUGGGCGCGGGCGGCGCGGAGGGCGCGGGCGCGGCGGCGCGGGCGCACCUGUCCAUGGCCACCGUCUGCCGCAUGACGCGCGCGCUGCUCUUCCCGCCGCAGUUCAAGACGCUGCGCGAGUGGUUCCAAUACGCCUUCGCUAACAGCGAGAUUGACGCAAUCGAGCUAUUCCCAUCCCUCGAACGAGAAGCAGCCCCUGGCCCCGCGGGGUCGGAGCGCAAGCCGGCGGCCGACAAGCACGUGCGGGAGGUGAUCUUCGCGCUACCGUCGCUGCAACUGCACCUACGUACUCACCACCUGCAGGCCAACACGCCGCCCACUGAGACCGAUGAGAAACCUGUAGUGGAAUGCAGCUUCAUCACAGAGUUCGAGGACCAUAUAUUCGUGUCGGUGGACGCGGAGGCGUUCUUGUUCUUACACGACCUUAUAUCUUCUUACAUCAAGGAGAAGGACAGAGUGAUGCCGGGCGCGACGCGGGGCGCGUGGGCGGACAGUACGGGCGCGGGCCCCAGCGGGACGCCGCGGCCGCGCCCCGAGGACUACCGGGACUAUCGCUGCGUCACCUGGCACUUGGAGCCUACCGUCAGACUAUUAUCCUGGGCUGGUAAGUCCAUCGAGCCGUACGGAGUGGACUACAUCCUGCAGAAACUGGGCUUCAGCCACGCUCGCACCACCAUACCCAAGUGGCUGCAGAGAGGGACCCUCGACCCUCUCGACAAACUUCUCUCACUCGUACUACUUCGCCUUGUCGCCAUCGUGCCACACAAGUGAUAGUAAACUUUACGCCCAGAGUAUACGACUCUAAUUAUAAUGACCGUCGAUGAAGAUAUCAAGGUACUGAUAUUAUUUUUAAUCAUUGAUUUUUAACACAAACAUGAGUUAAUUACUGAUGUAAUGUCACAUAUUGUCCAACGUGGUUUUAGAAUAUUGACAGGAACCGACAAUCGAGCGAUUUAUUAAACGAACUACAUAAGUAUACAAAUUAUCAAAGCGCUUUAGGCUUGAAAAACCUAGCGCUGACGAAAUUCAAUAACAAUUAAAUAUGUCCGAGGAAUAAAAUUUUAUAAUUCGACAAUCAAACAUUCCUAAACUUAGAAAGGACUCUAUAAUCGAAAGAAUAAGGUUGAAUAUUGAAUGAAUUAGUUUGAGGUUGAGGGAUCGAAAAACAAAAUAAUAGUAAUACGGAAACGAUGAUGGCCUUUGGUGUGUAAUUCUAGUAUAAAUGUAGAGGAUUACAGUUUUUACUACGCAUAUUCUUAAUAAAUAUAUAAAAUUAGUCGAAAUUAAAACAAAAAGAGUAUAUUAUUCUUCGAUGUAUAGUAGACAAUUAUUGUGGGGAGUUUAAAAACUCGAGGGCGAAUGAAUAUGAGUAAGAAUGAGAUUAUUUUUAAACAUAAUUUUAAUAAAACAACCGUUUGUCAGUAGUAACAAUUGAAAUACGAAAACAACACUGUCCAUUAUAAUUUUUAUUACCAAAGCAAUAAGGGUCAUUUUUGCUAUUUUUUACUGUUAGUACUGGUGUGCGGUUGUAUAAGCAAUGAUAUUAAUAUAUUCCGAGAUUUUCGGCUGCCUACUAAAUGUUCGACACUGCUUACAGAAGUAGCUAGGAGAAUAUUUCGAUACUAAAGUUAAUGAGAUCUAAAAAUUAUUAUUAUUUAUAGUAAAAAUACUUUUGUAGCAUUCCCUUUAUUUAUAAAAACGAAAGAAAGUACAAUAUACUGAAAUUAACUGCCACGGGAAAUUUCCUAUAAUCAAUUUAUUAACAUUUGUAUAGUUAGCGAAAUUUUUUAUUGUAAAAAUUUUAAAUUAAAUUAUUAUUCUUGUCUAAAUUACUCUCUAUCUAACAAAGAUUCGGUCACAAACAAAUUUUAACUCAAUAUACACUGUAAUAAGGAAGAAAUUAGUGAUAGUAGUGAAAGCAUUUCGUUAUAAGCGCAGCGCACGUCCACAUAUAAUUAUAAUUUUCCUUUAGUUAUAAUUUGCAACCAAAUCAUGUUCCAUCACACUUUAGUUAUAUGUAGAAGGUGGGUAUAUUCUGUGAUUAUUGUGAAUGCAGUUAGAAUUAAGUUUCGGUGGCUUAUAACGCCUCUGUUUUAUAUUAGGAUCGGUAGCGCCAUUAGCGUACCUGAAACAUUUUUUAUUUGUUGAUUUAUAAGCUCCUCCUGUCUUGUGUUUUGAGGUGGGUUCUUUGGUAAAUGUGUCAAUUGUACUCAAUGUAGUGGAAGAACUACAAGUAGUUUGUAACCUAACAGUCCUCUUUUCGUCACAAAGAGGACUGUUAUUGGUUGCUUUGGUUUUAUUUGAUUGUGAUUUUUUUACUAAUCGAUACCUUAAUUGGCAAACGAGCUAUAACUCCUUAUGAACAAAUUUUUCAAGGGACAUUCAAAGCUCUAUCUAUAACAUUUUCUGUAGUUAUUUGUAUUGGUAGAAUUUCGAAAAACAACUUAUAAAAAAAUCGGAGCUGUAGCUUUUGUUGCUCACUAACUAAACAAAAAAAGUUACGAAAAUCAAUACAAACUAUCCAACUCCACAAGUUGGAUAGUUUGUAUUGAGAUACCGUUAUGUAUAAAGGUAGAUUUUGAUAAAACAUUUUUUUUAUAAAAUUCAUAUAAUUCUAUAAAUUGUAGCGUAGGUAAACAGCAUUGUAAUUCUGAGCCCGUCGACACAUUUCCAAAGAAAUCAUCUAGAGCAUAGUUAAUGUAAAUCGUUAUAAUUAUGUAUGUUAUAUAUUACGAUAUUAAGUUUAUAUUUAUAUAAAUAGAUCGUGUAUAAAAUAUGUUAUUUAUACGUUAUAAGAAUCAUUAAAAAGCUUCAUAAUUAUAAUUUCAUAAAAAUAAUUGGCUUUUAAGUUUUUGCAUAAUAAAUGACAGGGCGAACAUUCAAGUUUUUUAUACAGAAUAUUAAAAUAUGGCAGCUUUUUAUUUAAGAAGUAGUUAUCGAGAAUGGAAGUCAAUACUCUGGUGACGACAGAAACGGACUAUGUUAGUUAUUUUAUUAAUGAAUUAUUACCUUAUUACCAGUACAGCAGGUUGAAAAUGUAUUAGUAACUUUUUAUGCCUGGUUUCCGAAAGGCCGAUCAAUGUUAAAAUCAACUAACUAGGUGUCAAAUCUCUUGUCAAGUCAUCUGAUU